GAGUAGCACUGGCCGCAGGUCCAGGCAUCGCAAGGCAGAGCUCAGGAUGGAGAGGUGCUGGGUGUCCCUCCUGCUCCUUGGGUCGGUCUCAGCCAACGUCUUCCUCCGGGACACCCCUCCUCUGAGCUACAACAAGGCCCAAGUCGCCGUGGUCAAGCAGUUCAACAUCGAGGCCACCCCCCCGAACCUUUACCGCCUGGUGAGCGCGGACCCCGUGCCCAAAUGGAAUCCCACCUCUUCGGACUUCCAGUCUUUUCCGCUCAAGAUCAAGGAGACGGUGUGCCACGGAGACCCUGAGAAGAUCAAGGUGGACAAGUGCGCCUUCAAGGCCAACGGGAUCACUCAAACCUGCACUGCGGGGUAUCAGUAUAAGGGUGGGAACCCCCCGAAAGCCCAGACGUUUAUUCUGUGCAAAAAGGUGAAGUAAGACGAGCAUGUUCUCCAACUAUGGCUGAAUGUUCCCAUGGACGCAGACGGCGCUUCCGGUUGGGAAAGACUCCGUUCCUGCCGACUUACUCCAUAGCGUUCCAAUGAACCCAUGAAUGGCUAAAUCGAUGCACAUAUGAAGUCCUUUAAAUCAAAUCAAGCGAAUAAAAUAAUAUCAUGCAA